UUUGCAAACAUAUUGUGAUUUUCCUGAUAUCAUUGAUGUCAGCAUUAAGCAAGCAAGCCAAGAAGGAUCCAUUGAGAGAAGAAUUGUCACCAUUCAUAAACAGGACAGCAAGAAUCUGGAGGCUGAAUUUCAGUCGUUAAAAGAAGCUCUCUCCUUUGUGUCGUUAAUUGAUGGAUAUUACAGACUAACAGCAGAUGCCCACCAUUAUCUCUGUAAAGAAGUAGCACCACCAUCAGUCCUUGAAAAUAUCCAAAGCAACUGCCAUGGACCAAUUCUCAUGGACUUUGCUAUCAAUAAACUGAAGAAAGCAGGUAAUCAGACUGGUUUCUACGUUCUUCGUUGCAGUCCUAAAGAUUUUAAAAAAUACUUCCUCACCUUUGCUAUAGAGCGUGAUAAUACUACUCAAUAUAAGCACUGCCUUAUUACGAAGAAUGAGAAUGGAGAAUAUAAUCUUAGUGGAACCAAGAGAAGCUUUGGUAAUCUUAAGGAUCUGUUGGCAUGUUACCAGACAGAAACUGUCCGUUCAGACAGCAUAGUUUUCCAGUUCAUCAAAUGCUGUCCUCCAAAACCAAAAGAUAAAUCGAAUCUCCUAGUCUGCAGAAGCAACAGUGUUUCUGAUGUACCUUCAUCACCUACGCUCCAGAGACACAAUAACAUCAAUCAGAUGGUCUUUCAUAAAAUCCGGAAUGAGGACUUGAUAUUUGAGGAGAGUCUUGGACAGGGCACAUUUACUAAGAUUUUCAAGGGUGUAAGAAAAGAAGUAGGAGACUAUGGCCAGCUCCAUCAAACUGAAGUUCUUUUAAAGGUGCUGGAUAAAGUGCACAGAAACUACUCUGAGUCCUUCUUUGAGGCAGCAAGUAUGAUGAGCCAGCUUUCUUACAAACAUUUGGUGUUAAAUUAUGGAGUCUGCGUAUGUGGAGACGAGAACAUCCUUGUACAAGAAUAUGUAAAAUUUGGAUCUCUGGACACAUAUCUGAAAAAGAACAAAAAUACUAUCAAUAUUGUGUGGAAGCUGGAAGUAGCCAAACAGUUGGCAUUAGCCAUGCAUUUUCUGGAGGAUAAAGGCCUGGUUCAUGGGAAUGUCUGUGCCAAAAACAUCUUGCUUAUCAGAGAGGAAGACAGGAAGUCUGGAAACCUUCCAUUUAUAAAACUAAGCGAUCCUGGCAUCAGUAUUACAGUUUUACCAAGAGAUAUUCUUCUUGAGAGAAUACCAUGGGUUCCACCUGAAUGUAUUGAGAAUCCCAAACAACUAAGCCUGGCCACAGACAAAUGGAGUUUUGGUACCACUUUGUGGGAAAUCUGCAGUGGAGGAGACAAACCUCUGAGUGCAUUGGAUUCUUCAAGAAAACUACAGUUUUAUGAAGAUAGGCACCAGCUUCCUGCCCCUAACUGGACAGAACUAGCAAACCUUAUAAACAACUGUAUGGAUUAUGAGCCGGAUUUCAGGCCUUCAUUUAGAGCAAUUAUACGUGACUUGAAUAGUUUGUUCACUCCAGAUUAUGAGCUAUUGACAGAAAAUGAUAUGCUACCAAAUAUGAGAAUCGGAGCACUUGGAUUUUCUGGUGCUUUUGAAGAUCGGGACCCAACACAAUUUGAAGAAAGACAUCUUAAGUUUUUGCAGCAACUUGGCAAGGGAAAUUUUGGCAGUGUUGAGAUGUGCCGGUAUGACCCUCUGCAGGAUAAUACCGGGGAGGUGGUGGCUGUGAAGAAACUGCAACAUAGCACAGAAGAGCACCUUAGGGACUUUGAAAGAGAAAUUGAAAUACUUAAAUCUCUGCAGCAUGAUAACAUCGUUAAAUACAAAGGAGUGUGCUACAGUGCAGGUCGUAGGAAUCUAAGGUUGAUUAUGGAAUAUUUACCAUAUGGCAGCUUACGAGAUUAUCUGCAAAAACACAAAGAGAGGUUGGACCACAAGAAGCUUUUGCUGUAUGCGUCUCAGAUAUGUAAGGGCAUGGAGUACCUAGGCACAAAAAGAUAUGUUCACCGGGACUUAGCAACCAGAAAUAUCUUAGUGGAGAAUGAGAACAGAGUUAAAAUUGGAGAUUUUGGACUCACAAAAGUCUUGCCGCAAGACAAGGAAUACUACAAAGUAAAGGAGCCUGGUGAAAGCCCUAUAUUUUGGUAUGCUCCUGAAUCUCUGACAGAGAGCAAAUUCUCAGUUGCCUCAGAUGUGUGGAGUUUUGGUGUGGUCUUGUAUGAACUCUUCACAUACAUGGACAAGAGUAAAAGCCCACCAGCUGAAUUCAUGCGCAUGAUUGGCAAUGAUAAACAAGGGCAGAUGAUUGUGUUUCAUUUGAUAGAGCUUUUGAAGAAUAAUGGACGACUGCCAAGACCAGAUGGAUGCCCUGAUGAGAUUUAUGCUAUCAUGAGAGAAUGCUGGAACAAUAAUGUCACCCAGCGGCCCACCUUUAGGGAUCUUGCUCAGCGAGUGGAUCAUAUAAGGGACAACAUGGGUGGAUGAGAAAAGAGUCUCUCCUUCAGAGGAAGUGUCAGAAUGUGGAACAAAAUGUACUUGGUCUGCAGUGUGUAAUUGACAUGUGUACACAUGUGCAUCUUGCCCUUGCUGAAAGUAAAAUCUGUCGUGGCAAAUAUCCUAUCUCAAUCUGCAUACUGAGGAAUCCUGCUGGUUUUCUUUACCAGGCUCUAUUUGUUACUACGAGAACAUGUUGAAAUUUUCAAUAGGGAGAGAAAGCAUUUCUCUAAAUAAAGUAAUCAAAUAUAUGGUCAGACUACAUGACCAUUAUUUGCCUUACUUGGCAAUGCAAAAAAGAGGUGACUUAAAAUGUGGUGAGUUUAAGAGAUGAGAAGGCAGCACAUUUCCUUGUUGGAAUGGAGAUGCACAGGGAAGACUUCUGGUCUUUUCACACUGAGUAUCUAGUGACUUGGCACCCUGUUUCGUGUGUUGCACAAGGGCUUGUGUUUGUUAAUAGUUUUAUAAUUCUUUCGUUGUUGAUGCAGAAGUGGCUUCUCUGUGUAACAAAGUAGAAGUGGUUACAUAACCCAGAAAUUCUAAUGUGCCAAUCUGAAUCAGUUAUCAGCCAGCAACAUAUGCAAAGAGGUGUAAUGGGCUGUGUGAUGUACUGUAAAUAUGAUGAGGGAAAGGGAGGAAAUUGAUCUUACUUUGGAGAGCCAGAAAACCUACUCACGCAGGUGAAAGUUUAAAUUUAAAUGAAACAGCAAACAUGUUCUUCAGUUUUUCUUGCUCUUCUUUUCCUCUUCUGAGCAAGCAUUAGAUUCCCUUUAUAUGAUUGAAGAUAGUGAUAAUUAAGUAAAAAUUAAGCCCUUUAUGUAAGGCAGUGUCUUCAGUUUGUUUCUGAAUAUGAAAAAGUUAAACAUACUGCUUUUAAGUGCUGCUCUUGUAUUCUUUCCAUCUUUGUAGUUUUUGUGCAGUUGUAAGUGUAUACAGGAAUUGGAAACAUUUUACAACAGAUUUAAAAAGCUGGAAAAUGCCCUCCACUUCACAGUUCCUCACUUCGCUAUUAAGAUGAUGACUUUAUACCUUCCUUCCUGUACACAAAACCCGAUGCUUAUGGCCCAGUAUCUGAUACAGCCAGUGACAAGCACAUCAAGUCAGUUCGGUUUUGCCUGCAGGCGUAAAACUUGGGGAUAAUCUUGUAUCUGAAAGCAGUGAAGUCGCAGAGUUUUUGUAUUUUUAGUUCAAAUAAUCUUUUUUUGUUGUUUUGACUUAAGCAUUGUUGUUUGCAAAGUACUUUGCUUAUUCUUCUUGGACUUUUGCUGUGAAAAGUUCAAUUAAGGGGAUACACAACUUGGCAAACUGACCUGACAUCCAGAUUUGUAUUUAAAAUUAAGCAUUAAUUUUUAAAAUUGGUGAAACAGAGGACUUACUGUGAGACUUCCUCCAGAUUUGUGGUUAACUACAUCCAUCUUAUCAGAAGUUUAAGUACCUCAACUUUAAAAUAAAAUUUAAAAACAAAUAAAAAAAAAUCCUAACUUAGUGCAACAUAGUGCCAGUAUAGCAAUGUUUUGUAUCACUGUGAUGUUUCUCUCCCAUAAUCACUCAUACAAAAUUAUGAUCGUUUUAAUGUGGGAGCUUGUUCAGCAGGGAGGGCAUCAGCAGCCCUCUUUCUGCCCAGUGUAUUUAAUAAAAUCUAAUAAAAUUUCUAUUGGUUUUCUUGCCACUACACACUUGCUUGGUAAUUUUUAAAACUGAUGUCACAAUCAGUUUUUAAGUUGCAAAGAACCUUAAAGUGCUUUGUUGAAUCUAACGUGUUUUCUCCAUUUCUAUACAUUGCUUUGAAGAUAUAAAAUUUUGUGCAAAAGUUGUAUUUGCAUUUGGAGUCUCAGUUGUGUGUAUGUGUUUUUUGUAAUAAGGAAGAUAAAGCUUUAAAGUAUUAAAACAGCAUUCUAGCUGGGAUAACGUGCAGGAGUUAUGUAAAAUUCACAGUGUAUGAUACUCAGUUGCUAACUGGUUUCCAAUCUGUAGUAGACUAAACAUAAUUUAUGUAAAAGUCUCAGGGAAGUUUGUGUAAUGCAGUGAAAAGAUCUUCCAGUCUGCUCUUUUUUCAAGUGAAUAAAAGUCUUUUUCUUGUUCUAUUACAGUA